CGUGUCGUGCGUUAUGUUAUUUGUUUUUGAGUAACGUGUUGAUUGCUAUCAUAGUUUGUUUAACUUUUCAAUUAAGGAAAAUUUAUAACAACAUGGAUUUUAUCAUAGACACAGCGGGAGACGAUGAGCUACAGGACAAAACAGAGUUGCUCAGUGGAGACGAGAAACCUUACUCCGUAGAUAAAGAAUAUAGAACAGAAACUAUAUUGAAAUUAUUCGACAAAAAGAAAGAGGAACUUGACAAACAAGAGAUAGCAGAAGAAGAAGUACAAAACAAACUCAAAAACUUGAAAAUUGAUAACUUGUUUGAUGAAUUCUUCCACGAGAUGAGAUGGACUAGCUGUUCUGUAAUGAUAAAACAGGAAAAGAAAAACAGGCUAUUUCAUUUUGAUCAAUUGGAUGUUGAAACCGGAAAACUUAAGUCAAAACUUGGAGCUGUUAACAUAGAAAAGGAAAUGAAGACUUCUGUUUUGCAGCCAGGAAUAGAAAAGGAGCAUUGCUUGCCCAGUUAUAGUGUUAGCAAGAGAAAGCUAAAAGCACAAAGAAGGAAAGAAAGAGAGAUGACCAAAGGACCAGGUUGGUUCAACAUGCCAGCACCAGAAGUAAAUGAGGAGCUGAAGAAUGACCUUCAGAUUCUGAAGAUGAGGUCUGUCCUGGACCCGAAGCGGUUUUACAAAAAGAAUGAUAUGGAAGUCUUGCCUAAAUACUUCCAGGUUGGUCGCAUCAUGGACUCUGCACUAGACCAUGUAAAUGAGCGUCUAACCAAGAAGGAACGUAAGAGAACUAUAGUUGAUGAACUUCUUGCUGAUGCAGAGUUCCAAAAGUACAAUAAAAAGAAGUAUAAAGCAAUAAUAGAUGAGAAAAGAAAGUCAGAAUAUAGGACUUUUAUGAGAGAUAAACGACAAAAGAACAAAGCAGAACUCAAAAAAAAUAAGUUGAAAAGUAAAAAACAAGUGCAAAGUUAG